AUGAAGGAAAGAACGAUGGCAACCACCGCUGCCGAGGCAACACCCACCACCUGCAGUACGGUGCUGCACCCUUCCUGGACAGUCCCUGUGGAACCUUCCAAGCGUCGCUCGGACAGUUAUCUCAUGGAUAAGGCGAUAGCCGCGUCUCUAUCCAAAGGCGCAGCGCGCCCCGUUUCAUAUCCCGUCUGUGCUGCUCGCGCGGAGCACCACAGCACACACCUGCGUGCCGAUGGUGUCUGCCGAGGUGGCUCUUGCAGUGCAAGGUGGACUCAUCGCCGCCGUCGCACGCAACGACUCACGAAGCGCGCGACUGUGUGGGUGCUGUAUCUCCUGUUGCCGCUCCUGCUGUACAACUCCACGCCACCAGCAUCGCCACGGCUCACCCCAGUACGUGCAGCUACUCCUGCCGUCAUUACCACCUUCUACGCUCCAUUUAUUUCGGUGCGUGCUGUGCAGUAUAACCUCACGUUGGCCUUCCAGACGAGCGACUACGUCGAUAACAACUGUGUGGUUGGCUGGAUGACAACGCCGUCGUCGCCAACACCUUUGCAGACGCGGUCUACCGAUGCUCGUGGCAGCCUCGCCAAAGAGGGAGCGAUGGCACCGACGGCUUCGACGGCCUCCGUGGCGAUCAUCAAUGUCUCUGCUUGUCCAUACUACCCGAUGUGGUCGCUCCUGGCCGCCGAGCCGCCCAGCUUCGAAGAAACAUCAAAGGUCUUCAGGGGCAAAGUGGAUACCGAUGCAGCGAGUCACGCUCGCGUUGGAGGCGGCAAAGAGAACCUCACGAGUCCCCGCGAGAGACGCGACAGAGCGGCGGCGACGGUGACGGUGCCGUCCGCAGAGAGAGCCACUUAUGCUGUGCCCGACGACCUCGCCAACGUGCUUUGGGGCCCGCGCAACGCGCUCGCCUACUACUACGAGGUGUUGAAUACAGACGCCUUCUUCUUCAUGCUGCAGGGGUGCACCAUCCGAAUCAGCAUCGACACAGACGUGCCACCGGCCUAUCCCUACAACGCCUUCCAACGAUAUGCAGAUACAUACACGUUGAGUGUGUCCGCCACGGGCGGUGAUGGCGCCCUCAAUGGCCACUCAGGGGUCCGUGGCAGCCUCUCCUCCUCCUCCUCAGCGAGCACCCGAAACAACGGCACUGAGGGUGAUGGCGACGGCGAUGAGGUGGGCCCCGACGUCACUCUGCCAACGGUGUUUUUUUUCUGGAACCAGCCGCGGCUGCAUUGCACCUACAACGCCCCAGCGCUGAUGUCGAUGAUGGUCGAUCUUUCUAACCAACAGCAGCAGCAGGAGGACCCCAUGCAGAGUCCGCCAGGAAAUCGUCGCCCACGUCUUCGGGCAAGGGAAAAGUCACGCCCUACGUUUCGGAAGGACGACGCAGUCUUGGCAGAAGCCAGCACGCAACUGACAGAUGGGGAGGCAGCUGAGGACCCACUCACGGCCUCUUCGACUGGACCCGUCUACCCGUCCUGCGCCGCAAACAUGCCCUCGCCGAAAAAUAUUUUACCGUCUAGCGACCUAGACGAACUCCUCACGAUGAACUACAUGCAACUCAGCAGCACCGUCGUCGUUAAGGUCUUCAGCUUCGAUGUGUGGUACCAGUUCACGGGCACACCGCUGCCAGCGACUCUCGCGAAGGGACGCAUCAUGACCACCACCGCACCGGCAUCGGCCACGUACUCGGCAGUCUUCUCCAGUGAUCCCAGGGCCAGGAGUGGCGGCGGCAGCGCCGGUGUGCCGACCGAUGCCUCGAUCGCUGGGCAGCCCUUUAACCUGCUGGCGGACCCGGAGAAGGUCUGCGCCGCCCCGGCGCUCUACACCAUCUCCCUAAACUCGUUGCUUGCGCGGGCAUCCUCUUGGGGUCUCGGCAGUGUCACAGACAGCCUGCCGCCCUCGGUGACGGUCACCCACGACUAUCCUGCCGCCCGCGUAAUCGCGGUAGUCGCGCAGUGCUCUGGUGUGCCGCUCUCAUUCUCAGUGGCGGUGAACUUCGUGAAUCCUGGCAGCUACCCCGGUAGCGGCCAGCACUACGCCACCUCCAUCAUUUACUUCUUCUUCCUGGUGUGCUACGCCCUCCUGCUCGUCGUGUUCCUGAUAAUGAUUGUGCCGUGCAGCAAGCGAAGGCGGCAGCGUCGGGGCAGCGGUGCUAGCGGGGGCGUCAAGAGCACCAGCGACGGCCCUGGUCAGGCAACAGCAGCAAACGAAAAGAAGCAGUCGCGCGCUGAGUCUGGCCAGCGCAGUGCUGACAAGGCUAGAAGCGGUGACACGCGCGGUCGGCUGAGCCGCUCCGUCGUGGCACGCACGGGCAGCCCAGACGGCCACCGCCAAGACGACAACGGAGACGAAGAGCUGCAAGCAAUGAGCGACAGUAAAGGCCAAGCAAAGAGGCGUGCAACCGCCGCGGCGCUAGUGGACAAGGGGAAGGCGCCGUUAAGCCCGUCGUUGUCGUUGUCGUCGACGUCGGGGACGGCGGCCCAGACGCGCACGUCGACGCAGCGCAACACGACCGGAGACCCCGUGAACGGCGCCGAGAGCAAACCUCUUCAUGGAAAGACGGGCAAACGCGGUGGACAUCAACUCCGCGGCGGCGCUCUGCAGCAGCACCACGGCCAGCUGGUUGCGGAAAAGCACAAUGGCGGCAACGAAGCGGACAACUCCGGGCCAGGCUCCUCGCCCUUGCACUCGAUGGAUUCGAACACGUCCCGCAUGUCGUCUUCGGACAGCGAUGACGCUCAGGACAUCAACUUUGGCAGUAGCGAAGCGCAAAGAGAGGCGGAGGCGAGAGGAGGGGCGAGCAGGCGUGGUCAUGUGCAGAGCAGUCGACGCAGCCGCCACGUCACCCCAUCCUCCUCCACACUCUCCUCCUCCACACUCUCCUCCUCUACACUCUCCUCCUCCACUAGCAACGACUCUGAUUGCACCAGCAACACCAGUGACAGUACGAGUGAGGACGACGACUGUUGUGCCGCCCGCCGACGAUGUCGUCGGAGAAAACAGCGAAGCGUGGGGAGAGAGAAAGAAAAGCAGCAACGAGAGCGAACCCGUCAGUGCCGUCAUGGCUUGUCCUACUCGAGCAUGGAUGCGUCAGAUGCCGAGUGGAAUACACCGGCAGGCGACGCCUACGAUGACGGGCUUCGACGGGGGGCGCAGCGGCGGCACCGCGGCCGUCGUCGUGAGCGAGAGCCGCGGGCGCGGCGGAGAGAAGGUGAUAAACAUCGUCAGUGCAUCUCCUCAGCGCGUUCCAAGGCACAGGGCGCCGCCAGUGCCGCCGUUUCACCGCGUCGGUGGUGUGCCAGGGCAGCUCAGAUGGCCGACGUCGUUCGGCGGCACGUCAUGGAGCCGCUGUGGGUGUGGUGGGCAGAGAGUCACAUGCUCGUCAUGUAUGCGCCGAUCCAGUGGCUCGUCCUCGUCCUUAUCGUGCUCAAGUGCCUGCUGAGUGCCCUUUCCGCGGUGAAAUUCGUCAUCCUUGCUGGCGUGGAACUGGGCGUCCCCUCUCUAAGCCACCGCCUGCCCCUCGUGUGCACCAUACUCGGUGUCGCGACGGACUCGCUGCUGAUCCCGACAGAGAUGCUGGUGGCAAUGGGGUGGGGACUGGCCUUCACGACUCCACCUCCCACAAGCCACGUCGCUCUUGUCUGCAUCGCCACGAUCGCGCUGUUCAUCACCGCUGUUCUCAGUGCCACGUGCGAAAGAGACGGUCUGAGCAUGGCGCUGACGGUGAACAAGCACGCAAGGCUCAUCAAUGACAAUCAGUGCAACGCGAUCGCGUACACCCGCGCCGCUUUCGAGCUCGCCUGCCGCAUCUACAACGUGCUCCGCAUGUUCUUCCUGUCGCUGUGGCUGUCGAAGACGGUGGUACCAGCCGACGCAGCGGCUAUGCAGCGGCAACGCAAGCUGCGUGAGAAGCAGCUGCAGCGCGAACAGCGCAAGGGUCGUCAAGGACGGGGAAUGGCCGAGACCGGUGACAGCAUCGGUGGCGAGGCUUCGGGUAGGUCAAGUCUUCACCAUCGCCCCUCGUCCACGUCAUCUGGUCGGCGCAGCGGCCCGUCCAAUGUGGCCACCACCGGCACCACAACGCUGUUGUCGACCCCGAUUACUCUCCGGCCGCCGCCGCGCCUUGACUACCCUGGCGUGUCGCUGUCAGCCAUGGAGGUGUACCUGCGUUACCGUGGUAUGCGGGUGCCCUUCCUGAUGCUGCUUGUGUGGACUAUUCUGCUGCUUGUCUUUGCCUUCACCUUCUACGAGCCGGAGGAUUACUACAUGCUGAUCGCCUUCCGCGAACUGCAGACUGUGUACCUCCUCGGCUUCAUCCUUCUCUUUUUUCGAACCUCCGCGCCGUUCUACUGUUGA